GUGGAGGAGCUUGAGGAAAGCUACAACGUUCUCUACAACACUAAGCAAAUCGAUGUGGAAGCAGAGAACAUCGAUGGAAGAUUCGUUGCCGUCUAUACCGUCCGUGGUGUGUAUUGUAAUAAGUUGGACGACUUCGUCUCAGCUAACAAGGGGCUAGCAGCACUUGCUAAGCAAGUCACUAUUACAUGCGAUGGCGAAACAAUAACUCUAUAG